UACUUCGCGUUGAGAACAUCGUUGGUCUUGUCGCUCUUUGUUCGGAAAACUUGAAAAUUUAAAAGUUUUUCCAUUUGCAUUUCUUUUGUUCAUUUGUGACAUUUGACCGAUUUGAGUGCAAUUCCUUUGAAAAUGACUGAUGUUGAAAUGAAACCUGCAGGCGCAGAAAAAAAUACCGAAAAUGAGUCUGAAGGCCCAAAGCCCGAUAACGAACACCAACGCAAGAUGAACGUUGGCAAUUUACCCUGGGAUGUCACUGAGCAACAACUACGUGAUCAUUUCAGUGGUUAUGAAAUCGAGAAUGUGGAAAUCUUCCACUAUCGUAAGUACACGCUGGCUAUGCUCCUAUUUAAGGACAAGGAAACAGCUGCCAAGGCUCUUGCUGAAAACGAAGGGUCGACUUUGGGUGACCGUCGCCUUCGUAUGCACCUAGAAUAUAUUACAAUCCGUCAUAUUCGGCGUGACACAUUCGUUAUCGUUGUGGAAGAUGAAAAUGCUACGGAGGAACAGUUGUGGGAUAAGGUUCAAGCAGCGGGAGUUGAACCUACUUCGAUAUUGCUUUUUUAUCCCCUUUGCUAUAUUUGUCCGGCUAAAGACUCUGACAAGGCAGCCAUUUUGGAAAAGUUGAAGGCAGCUGGCUUUAAUGCGCAUGACGUUAACCAACGCGACCAAAACCAACAUCUUGAUAUUUGGCGUGCCGCAAAGCUGUUUUUCCGUAACCGUAAUCGCGUUCAAUUGCUGAAUAUACCCAACAAGUGGAUCGAAGACAAAGAGGAAAUGAAGAAACAAUGUGCCGAUGGUGGUACCAUUAUAGAAGCUGUUUCAAAUAAUAUGAGCCAAAAUGCGUCAAAUUAUGCUCGCAUAUUUUACGAGACAGAAGAACAAGCAGUCAAAGCUGCUAGUGCUUUGAAUGGUCGUGUUUUUGAAGAUAAACGAAUUCAUGCUUUACAUCUAGGAUCGGCAUUAAUUCCCAACUAUAAAACGUCUGUUUAUGUUACCUCUUUGGACAAAACAACUACUGAAGAGCAAGUUUAUGAUCAUUUCAAACAAUUUGGUGAAGUUGAUUUUGUCAACCGCCGUAAUUGCAUUGACGCCGCUAUAGUUUGUUUCAAAUCGGCAGACUCCGUAGAAAAAGCUCUUGCUUGCACCACUUUUCCGGCACCAACGGAGGAAAACAAGGAGGCUACUAAAGAAGUGACGGUCAAAAAAUAUGAUGGACCAUUGGUGCUACGCCCACAAGCACAAAAGCGCAAGUUAAAAACUAACGAAGACGGUAAACCUGAAGAGCCAGAAGAAAAAACAAAGGAACAGUUAGCCGUAUUGAAGAAACUGGAAGCAUUUUAUCCUGUGUUUGUUGGCAAUGUACCGUUUAAUUGCCCACCAUUGGACUUAAAACGCUAUUUUGCACAGCAUGGACCAAUCAAAUUUAUGUUUUCACCUCAAAUUCUUCUCUAUCGUACGAGCGCACCACAUCCGGUAAAAACCUUUAUUAUUUAUUACAAUUAUGCCGAAAGCGCUGAUAAUGCGUGUCAGUUCUUGGACCAUAAAUUUUUUGGCGGACACCGUUUGCAUGUACUACCGCUACGAGGUGAAGAGUUUUUCAACGAGGAGAAAACACUGAAAUUAACAAAAAUCCCUUACCUGUCCGAGGAUGCAUUAUUCAAAAAAAUUAAGCCUUUCGUUGGCAAGAUUAAUCGCAUUGUGAAAAAAUCUCGAUUGGUGGCCUAUAUUGAGCUCAAUGAUCCGGCCGAUGCUGAAAAAAUGUUGAAAGUUGACACACCAAACCAUCCUUUCCCUAAAGGUAGGGUUGAGAGAAUCAACGAAACAGUUAAUAUGCGUCUUUACGAUGAAGAUGAUUCACGAGUAUUAAAUGGCAUCGCAAAGAUUAUUUCUCAAAAUCCAGAUAUGCUCAAGAAAACUCCAAUGAACCAGGGAGGUCCAAUGAACAAACGCCCUCGCCUAAAUGGACCCGGUUUUAAUCAAGGCCCUGGUGGCUUCAAUCCCAAUAACAAUCUGAACAAUCCCCAAGCUAUUCAAGAUUUGUUACGUCUCGCCUUUAUGUCUGGCAAGAACGUUGGCGAGAGUCUGGCUUCUAACCAGAACUCGUUCAACGACCCCGAUCCACCAAUCGCAAAUUCGAACAAUUUCGGCGACGGUGGUUUCGGAAAUCGUAAUCGUAAUAACCAAGGCGGUCCAGGCAACUUCCGUGGCCAAGGAAGAAUGAACCAGAAUCAAAAUCAAAAUCGUGGCAAUGCCAACAAUAGCUUUGGUAACAAUAAUGCUGGUGGUAACUUCCAAAAUGCCCCCGGGAUAAAUCAAAACCGUGGUGGUCAGAAUAUGGCUAACCGUGGUAAUCAGCCAAUCAACCAGAAUCGUGGUGCUAAUGUUGACGGCGGUAGCGUGAACCGUACAAACCAGAACCAAAAUCAGGGCAACCGUGUGCAGCAAAAUAAGCCAGGAGUUGGUAGCAACAUGAAUCAGAAUAGGAACCAAGGUGGCGGAAAUUUCAACCGCAACCCGAAUCAAAAUCGUAAUCAAAAUAAUCGCAACAAUAACUUCGACACUGACUCCUUUGGAGGUGGCAACAACUUUGGCAAUAAUCGUAACAAUUUUGCCAGUGAUAACUUUAGCGACAACUUUGGUAACACUCGAAACAAUGAUAAUUUCUCAAGUGACAACUUUAGCGGCAACAACCGUAACUUCGGCGGUAACCGCAACCAAAACGAUAAUUUUAGCUCGUUUGGUAGCGGAAAUAAUAGCGGCAGUAGUGGCAAUAACCGAUUUGGCGGUAGCAAUCAGUUCAGUGGUAACUUCAGUAAUCGUAAUCAAAACAGCAAUUUCGAUGAUGAUGUUAGUAACGGCAAUUUUGGUGGCAACAAGGGAAAUAAUUUCAACCAGAACCGUCAAAAUAAACCGUUUAAUAGCGGCAACCAGGGAGGUGGUAUGUCCUUUGGUGAGUUUAACACGAAUACCAACCGAAACUUUGGCGGUGGUAAUUCUAAUAACAGUGGCGGUUUUAACUCCGGCAAUGCUGGCGGUAAUAAAUGGAAUAAUUCAAAUUCCCAAAAUUCAAACACGGGCAGCCGCCUCGCUGGUAGCAUUUUUAGCCGCCGUUUUUAAGAAAUGGUGUGCGUACGAAAGUAGAAGAGAAAGUGUGAAGUAAUUCUUUUACAAGAGAUUAGUAUCUUGUAUGUAACAGGACACAGCUCCCUUCCUCUUUCCCCGUACAGAGCAGGGAAGAUUCAUCGUAUAGAAACAGAUUUUUAGGCAUAGAAAUAACAAUGAUAUAUAAUACUUUUUAAGUGUAUUUGCAAUCUACUCAACAACUUUGGAAAUAUUAUCAGAAGACAAGAAUCAAUUGAAGCUUUUAUUUUAGAAAACGUUGACUAUAUAUAGUACGGUCGAAUAACGCAAAUUUAAAUCUCAAACAUUUACCAAUAUUAAUGCUGUAUAUGCAAGCACUUAAAAUAAACAACAUAAUGAAACAAAAGCAACCGGUAAUUUACGAUCCGGCCAAACAGAAGUAUUUAUUUAAUUUUAUUAAAUGCUUAGGAUUGUAAGCGAAAAAACAUGUUUUUGUUCGUAAUUGAGUAAUACCAUAAUACCGAUUUGUAAUGAUAAAGAUAAGUUGGAAAUUAUGUCAGUUUUAAAACUUUAUUAAAAAAAACUUCGUUUAUCAAGUAGUUCCAGAAAAUAGUAGAGUAAUCUUUUUUCUAAUUCCGUUGUUUGUUAAAAGAUAAAAUAUCUAACAACAACGAUUAGACAGUACUAAUUCAUGCAACAUAAUGCUGACAAAUUAAUGAAGAAUUAUAUGCUACACAUUCAUAACACGUAUGAAUAUUAUGAGCAUCGCAUUUGUAUGUGAUGGAUACAUGUAGUAAGCACUUCCAAUGAAAUAAUUUUAGUGUGAAUCUGAAAUAAAAUGUGAAACACUGAUAAAAUAAUUAUUUUGUUUUUAUUGAAACUACUAAAAAAUAGUAGUCGUGUCUUUGCGUUUGCCUAUUUGUUGCAGGAUAAAUAGUACAUAAUGAUAACACGACAAUAUAUGAAAAUAUGCAACAUGAUUUUCAUCAGCCUAAACUGCUGCUACAAAUCUAAUGCAGAUGGUCUGCAUAUAAAAUUGAAAGAAAAAAGGUCAGCUGUUGCAGUCGUGCAACUUUACUAAUUUAGAUUAAAAUUAUUAUCCGAAAUUGCACAUUUAUCACGUCUAGAGCAAAUAUGUUAUUGGUCGUAUGUCACCGGCCUUUCUGAUGUGUAAGUUAAGUUUGCCAAUGUGUCGGUCGAUAAAUUUAGUAACGAACGUUUUUUUAUGCCAGGUAGUUAGUUGGCGAUUUCAUACUACAUCUUGUCUUGUGAGUAACCGUAGACCUAGCGGCGAAUAUAACAUCAAUUCACUAUUGAAAAACAAACACCUAGGAAUCGGAAAUCAGCUCUUUUUUAAAUAACUGAAAACACGGAUGACUGACUGUCAGCGUUUUAAUAAAUUGGAUAUGUUUUCCAUAUUGAAAUAUUUUUCGUGGAUUGCACCUUUGAUGUCAAUAAACACACACAAUAUAAUAUAUUUGGUUUGGUCGAUAGUCGAUUCGACAUGCAAUGGACCAUUGAGGAAACUGUUACAAGCCACAGAUUUUUUUUGUUCAGUAUGAUGUUCUGCAAAAGAAAUAACGUAAAACCCAAUUCAAAUUACGGUAUUCUUGGUUGGUUGGUUUGUACGGAAUUGACCCCAAUUAUUGUUUGUACGCUUAUUUUUUAUUUGAGAGUUCAAUAAAUUAUUUUACGCUUUCAAUCGCUGUAACUUGUUGAAAGAAAUGUGUUAAUCAUUUUUGUUAAGAAGUUUAGCAACGUUAAACUUUUCCGAUCAGUGUUGCUUUUCUGAAUAGCCUAAUAAAAUAACUUCUUUUACUAAUAAUGCUAAAUCUCAAUAAGUUGUAGAAUGUUUCGAAAGGUAAUAUACCGUAGAGUUUUAAAAAUGGUUGCAAUCGUAGAAAAAUCAUUGAUUAUAUUUAACCUAUUUUUGACCCAUUUUUAUUAAUUUUUUCAUAUCAAAAAAGGGUCUCGAUUUUGGCAACAUAGGCGACACGCAUUUCUUGCCAAAUUCGAAAUUCUACUGUAUCAAAACCCACUAGUUUUCACACUUUUUUUCAAAAAUAAAAGCGCUCUUGAUUUUCCGACCUGUUUUGAAUAUGACAAAUAAUAGAAUCUGCUGAUCAUUCGGAGUAGACCUACUUGAAAAUUUGAGCUGUGAUUUCUCUUUCUCGUGGAAGUUGGAUAGCUCAUGCGCACGAUUCAACGAAUGAAAUAUUUUAUCUGUCAGUCUGUCUACAAGAUGUGCAUGUAUAGCUAGUGUAGAAAUCAUUUCGCGUCAAAAAGUACACUAGAAUCUCGUAUUACGUCCAUUAAUGUUACGUGAUUUCGUUUUAUGUCAGAAAUUUGACAUCCUCUCGUUUUACGUCCGAAAUUUGAAUUAACGUCCACUUUUUUUACGACCGAUUUUUUUUUACGUCCCCCCCAAUAGUGUACGUAAAGCGAGAUUUGAGUGUAGUUGCAGACAAUAAUUCCUAUGAAAACUCAAAAACAAACGGUCGGUGUUAAGUCAGACCGAACCAAGUGACAAAACUUUGAUUUCGAGAAAAACGCGUUCAAAGUUUGCUGCUGCUGCUGCGUAGUUUAUAGCUAUCAAUCAUUCGAAAUCAUUUCAUAUCUCUGGCUGUUUGCAACAUUUAUGUAGGUAAUCUGAUUAGAGGAAUAUGUAGCUUAGAAAAUUCUUAAUCGUUUGCUGUCAUUAACUUAUUUUUUUAAAAUUUUGCGACUUGGUCUGGUUUGAUUUAACACCGACCAAAUAGGGAUUGUGUUUGGCUCUGACGAAAGGGUCAGUCACCCUAUCGUUCGGUAAAAAUUUCGAUUUUUUAGUAUUCGAAAAUGAGAUACAGCCCGGACUCGAUUAUCCGGGUGCUCAUUUUUAUUUUCAGCCCGGAUAAUCGAAUCACCCGAAUAAUCGAAUCAUCAUUAAUGGUACAAAUUUUUUUUGGUAUGUCGAGUUUUUUGACUUUUAGGCAUCAGAAAUGUUUGAUUUAUUAUUGAUCUAUCUUCCCAAAAGUCAGAAAAAUCCUUUCUUACGAUUUUUUUUGGUACAAUAUUAUUUUUUGUAUGUUAUGUUUUUCAAUAUUUAGGUAUUAUAGAUGUUUUUUUAUGGUGAUGAUUUUUAAGUAAAAAAAUUAAUUUCAUUAUCGCAGGAUUUAUUUUGGUUUUUUUCGUGAUAUAAGUAAGGAAUUUUGUAGCUUUAGGGAGGUUAUUCAAUGCUUGUCUAGUUGGAAUCAUCAUGUAGCAUGAAAAUUAUAACAUUUGGGUUUAAAAUAAAUCAGCGAAAAAAAAAUGUUUUUCACCCGGAUAAUCGAGUCUAAAAACCCGGAUAAUCGAAUCCCCGGUUAAUCGAAUCUCCGGAUAAUCGAGUCCGGCCUGUAUAAUAGAAAAUUAUUUUAUUUCGGCAAACGCUACAAAACAGAUCUAGCCUAAAAAGAAAUGCAGCAUCGCCAAUUCGCUUUUGGCACCGGUGAAUUUAGCAAAUGUGCCAAAAUUGAACAGUUUUUAAAAAAUGGAUUUUAAUUGUUUUGAAGACGAUAAGUAACAUCCCGGAAUGGUUUGUUCUAUAGAUAGAUCGGUUAUUAAUUCUAAAUACAGUAGCAUUUCGAAUUUGGCAUGCCUCGAUUUUGGCAACAAAAGUAUCCGUUUUUGGCAUGCUUAAAUAUUAGUCAGUUUUCGCAUACAUGCUUUAAACGACGCAAAAAUGAUACCCUCAGUGUAUUCAUGAAAAAAAGUUUGCUGUUAUAAAAUGUUUCGAACAAUAAUAUUUUUAUUGCCGUAGGACCACGUCUUACCGCAGGUUGCCAAAAACUUACACCGGACGGAUAGCUCUUGGCGGACUUUUCAAGCAUAAAAUGAUUGCAAUCGUUGAUUAAUAACCUAUUUAUUCAAUUUCUAACGUAUUUACAUUCAAUUUUGUCAUAUCAAAAAAAGGUCUCGAUUUUGGCAACAUAGGCGACACGCAUUCCAACUGUACAUCUUAUCAAGAAGAGGUAAUCAUUCCUUUAAUAAACCAAGAUUAGUUGCAAAAGGGUGUUCUCAGCGUUCUAAAAUAGAUUAUGAUGAAACAUUUGCUCCUGUUGCUAAAAUGACAGUAAUUCGAACAUUUCUUUCUAUUUCUCAAAGAUUGUUCUGGUGACAUGCACUGACAAGUUAUACGACAACAGUUCUUGAAGAAUGGUUAUUAUGCGUCUACCCUUAUAUUCGGUAGGUUUUCGCCUGCUAUUAUCGUCGGCAAUUAUUUUUUCAUAAAUAUGUUUAGUUUUUUCUAUGCUCUUAUAAAUGUUCAUGGGUAAGGGCAUAAAAAAUCCUGUCUUAUAUUUUUUUUUGAAAAGUUAAGAGUUUUUUACAUCUAUACCUAUAAAAAUGGAUUUCUGUCUGUCUGUCCGUAUGUUCCUUAUACAACCGAAAACUACUGAACCGAUCGGAGUAAAAAUUUGUAUGUAGGGGUUUUUGGUGCCAGGGAAGGUUCUCAUGAUAGUUAGAGAUCCCUCACCCCACUAAGAGCGGGGGCUCCCAUGCAAAUCUAUACCUAUAAAAAUGGUUUUCUGUCUGUCGUCUGCCCGUAUGUUCCUUAUAGAAUCAAAAAGUAUUGAACCGAUCGGCGUGAAAAUUUGCAUAUAGGGGUUUUUGGGGUCAGGGAAGGUUCUUAUGAUGGUUAGAGACCCCUCAAGCAAAGGGAACAAAAUUUGACAUGUGGGUGUUUCUGGAGACAAGAUUUUUUUCUAUGGUGAUUUAAGACCCCUCCCCUAUUUAGAAGGGGAAUUAUGACCUCUCCUCUUUAAGAGGGAGGGAGGGGGGCUUCCAUACAAAUGAAAUACAGAUUUCCUCAUAACUCGAGAACUAAUCAAGCAAAUGGAACCAAAUUUGGCAGGUGAAGGUUUUUGGAGGCAAGAAUUUUUUCUAUGGUGAAUUAGGACCCCUCCCCACUUUAGGUAGGGGGGGCUUUCAUACAAAUGAAAUACAAGUUUCCUCAUAACUCCAGAACUAAUGAAGCAAAUGGAACCAAAUUUAGCAUGUAGGUGUUUUUAUAGGCAAUUUUUUUCUAUGGUGAAUUGAGACCCCUCCCAUCUAGGUGGGGAAUUAUAUCCCCUCCCCCUUCAAUAGUUGGGGGGGGGGGGGCUUCUAUACAAAUGAAACACAAAUAUCCUCAUAACUAGAGAACUAAUCAAGCAAAUGGAACCAAUUUUGGCAUGUGGGGGGCUUUGGAGGCAGGAAUUUUUUUAUGAUGGUUUGAGACCCCUCACCCCUGUGGUAGGGGAAUAACGACUCUCAUAAGCAUAAGCAUAGGAUACCAUCCGUGUGCUGCUACUCCUUUAUUGACCAGGACCAAUGAAAAUUGCAAAAUGAUCGCUGGAAAAAGCAUACUUGGGACAGCACGCUAUUCCUCAUUGUGCAACCUUAUCAGGUCCCUGCAUGCUGAUCAAUACCGACGCCGGCCACGUCCGAAUGCGGGUCCUGGUGGAAUGGGAAGGAAUGUUAGUCCAGUACUUGUUGCUACUAAAGACCAGGGAAUCCUCUGCAUCUUCACAAGUAUUUCGGGAAAGGAAUUGUUGUUAGUAGAUGGGGGAAGUUAGAUGGAUAAGGUAUGUAAGCACCAGUUAUAUGAGACUAACCUGGAUUUUCGAAAAUGUUCUUGUAAAGCCAGUAAUUACGAAAAUUAAGAUAUAAACUGUAACUUUUAUAUUUAUCCCUGUUUAUUGGACUUUCGGGUAACGGAUAGAGAAGAUGUAAAACAGGUCUAACUCAGUCAACGUCCUAAAUGUAAGAGAACGUUUUAUUUUAUUUCACUGCUCAGCAAACCACCUUCGCAGCUUAUGCACAUUGUUUACUUAUGUACCCAACUAGCGGGAUUGGUCAUAAGGCCUACUGAAUAUUAUUUAUAUGUACAUGCCAAAGUAUAUUAUAAAAUAUGACGGUAUGCUACAAUACCUCUCCUCUUAAGAUUGAACAUAAUUCAUAAACAUUUUACAUUUAACUAACUAUACAAUUUGUAAUUCUAUAAUUCAAUUUUGAAAUUUCAGAAAUCAAGGCUUUACACUUGAAACAAAUAUAAUUGUUAUCGAACUUCUUAGUAUUUUUGAAAGAUGUCAAACUAUCGCUAAAACUCCUUCGAUCACAACUUUGGGUAUUUUGAGAUGCACAGUACUUCUGGCUGGCCGCGACAUCUCCCAGACUGGAGAAAAUCCACGGAAAAUCCGCACACCGUCUUUUCGUCCCUUGACCAUGCUUCUUUGGUGGUUUAUCUGAAGCGCCACAUUACGCUUACAUUCAGAUUCUGGCACGAGUCCAAUCUGCCCCUAUGGGCCGAGACCAAGACUGAUUCUGUCGAUAUCUGAAAUGCAUAUCAAAAAGUUUCAUUAAAUUUGAUGUCUAACUUUUUGCGUAUUAUUGUUUUUAAUGGGACUAUUUUGCUUUAAUUGGUACUUCGUAUUUCUAUUUUUUUAAUAUCAGGGCGAUUUCACGAAGUACCAAACCGAUUUGAUUUCAUAUAAAAACAUAUUAAAGAAACAGAAACCUUCUCUCCAUCCUUUACAAAACACAUCAAGGCAAUACCUUCCCAUCAAAAAUGAAACGAUAUUAACUGUUUAGCACAAUGAGCUCCACUUGAGCCUGCUUGUCAUUGACUUGAACUCUUACCCAUAUACUUUUUAAUAUUUUAGGUAUAUAUAUUUUAGGCAUACCAUAACAACUCAUUAAAAUAUAUUAUCAUUUAUCUUCUGCAAUAUUGUUGCAGGAAAACGCUCAAAACACUCCCCAUAAUUGGUAAAAGACGUGCUAAUGACGUUAGAGCCCAUGCUUCCCAUUAGCGUCAUGUCUACACCUGAUCAAACCCGCUAAAAAAAAUAGUCAAGCAAAAAAACAAUACAGUAAACUUACAUACCUUAUGCCACUAACCUAAUGCCAAUUGACAAGCAGCCGCUAAAAGCGCAAGGCUGAUUAAUCGCGGAUAAUCCAAAAUCCUAAACAUCCAAAAUAUUUUCUCAUUUCUCCUGCCACGAAAAUUUUUCAAAAAAAACUGUAUUCCGGGUGGCGUUCCGUAUGGCUCAAAUACCUUCUACUGCUGUUCCUUCAAUGGCAUGCUAAUAUUUAGCCGAUGUUUUUAAGCGUCGCUUGCGACCGGCGAUAAAAUCGUAGAACUACUCUGCACCAGCUUAAACGAUGAAAACUGCCCGGAAAAAACUUCCCAAAAGCUUCCACUGCCAUUGCGAAUUAAAUGACACUAUUAUCCGUACACUUCUGUACAGCAAAACUUUGCACAAAACCGAAUAAUACACAUCGCCACUUUAUCCUUCUUGAAUGCCGAUAGAUAAACAGUGUAAACAGCCGCCAAAAGCGUAACGCUGAAUUUACCGGUAUAUACGUCCAACCAAGGCUAGCGGUCAUAAUCGAUACAAUCAAUUUCAUAUCUGCUGCCAACAAUCUGCUUUUCCAAAAAAAAAUCCAGCAAAAAAUCCGAUAGUGACGUUUCGUUUGGUCCAGAUUUCUCCUACUGCUUCUCCUUUAGCAUGCUAUUAUUUAGCCGAUGCUAUUAAAUAAGCGUCGCUAGCGACCGGCUGGUUGACAAAAGAAAACAAAAGCAACAAUUAGUACAAUGCUUAAAUUGUAUGACUAAGUACUUUCAAUUAGGCUUUCUCUUUGAACAAUAACAUUCCACUUUCUAAUAAAACUUUCUUUGUUCUAUUCACUUACCAGUUGAAAUUGAAAAACUAAUCUGCAGUAAACGUUGAACAAAAUUGUCCGAAAAAACCUUUCCCGAAAGCUGCUGAUGCUACGGCUGAAAUUCCAUAGAAAAAACUGUUGCCUAUAAUUCCACAGGAAAAAAUUUGCCGGUACACCUCUGUGUAGCAAUAAACUCCUCACUGCAAUCACUUUUAUUCACACGCGAAACCGAAUUAUCCUCGUCGCCACUGUAACUUUUAUAUUUAUCCCUGUUUAUUGGACUUUCGGGUAACGGAUAGAGAAGAUGUAAAACAGGUCUAACUCAGUCAACGUCCUAAAUGUAAGAGAACGUUUUAUUUUAUUUCACUGCUCAGCAAACCACCUUCGCAGCUCAUGCACAUUGUUUACUUAUGUACCCAACUAGCGGGAUUGGUCAUAAGGCCUACUGAAUAUUAUUUAUAUGUACAUGCCAAAGUAUAUUAUAAAAUAUGACGGUAUGCUACAUAAACAAUACGUUUUUAACAAAUUUAAUGUAAUGCCAAUGGUGCUCAUAUACAACCAUAUUUUAAUUUAUAUCGAAAAAUAUUAUGCACAUGCGAGAUUUACGGCUCGAGAACUACGUGACAACUUGAACUUAUUACCUAUACCUGAAAAUAAAAAUCAGGGAUAACGAAACGAGCCAAUAUAGUCCCUAAGUUGAUACGCAUUUCCUCCUAUCAAUUAGGGGAAUAACGACUCUCAUACAAAUAAAACAGAAAUUUUUGCGAUACUCAAAAACUAAUCGAACUCGAGAAAUUUUAGACUCUUUCAUAGAACAUUAGUCAAUAACCAGACCACCAAAAACUAUCAAUAGUAGCAUAACAGAUAAUUCAGCGCGAGACGCCCACAGGCCGCGAGUGCUGCCGGCGACCUACCGUCGGAAGCGCCGGCCACUGCGGGGGACAGCCCCCCGUAGAGAUCACCUCUAUCUAGGUUUAUUUAUUUUCCUAGAUCUACUGACCUCUAUUACUUUCCUUCAGUUGGUUCAAAUGGUAUUCGGCGAAAUGAUUUGUAAUGAUGGCGAAUAUUUAAAUGCUAUCCGCUUUAUUUUAUCAGGCUAAGCAAUGGGGGGAGUUUUCCACUUUACUGUGAGGAAAAUUUAUAAAAUUAAAUUAAAAUUUGUAUAUUAAAACACCCAUGAACUCGCCAGAAACUUGCAAAACUCGAGAUUGUGACAAAGGUCAUCCGAGAUUCACGAUUUAUGUACAACACAGUUUAAUUUGUGGCAAUACGAAGUUUGUCGGGUCAGCUAGUAACAUAUAAAAAAAAAAUUUAAAGAAAAAAGUUGCAAAAAUUCAAUGGAGACGCAUGACGUUUUGUUUUUACUUGCACUGAAACCGAUAUUUCUGGCAAAAAAAACUUCGUGUUUCUUUUCUUUAUAAAGUUAAGUUUUAUAUCUUAGUUUGAGUGGCUUGACGGAUUCGUAAGUACCACCAUGUGUAACGAAAUUUGAUCAGUCAAUUUAUUGCCCCUUUUAUGACUAUUUAGACUACUGUGAUAAUCGUUUAAUGCAACAUACAGAAUUUGCACUGUUAAUCUGACACUAGAGUGGCUUUUAGUUUAAUCAACUUAUGUAUGAGUUUGACUUUCUUUUCCUUGUACUUCUGUUUCACUUCAUUUUCCUUGAGCGAAAUCGUGUGCGAGAUUCGACUGUGAUAAUCGUGUAAUUCGGGGUAAUCUAAAUAGGGGCAAAUGUCGCAAUACCUUCAGUUAUAAAUAGUUUGAUUUUGUUUCGAUACGGAACUGUCAUCGUAGGUUUCCCAUCUUUUCGAACGCUGUGAAUUAUAACAGUCGUCAAAUUUGCGAGCGCAAAUUUCUUUUAUUUUGUCAAGUAAACCAACUGCUUAUGUCCUAGUCAAACAAAACGUAUACUCACACGAAGCCAAGCAAUUUUUGCCUGCGAUGAUUUUAAACUGUCGAAAAAGUGAGCAGCGCGUUUUGUUACCAGUGGAACAGAUGAUACUUCAAAAAUAACUUUAAACAACGCAAAGAGUUUAGGCGUUUACUGUUUUGUUGUCAAUAACAAGCAAUGGUUAGUUACAAUGUCAAAAAUGUAUAAACUCAUCAAGAUGAAGGCGAAGUUUAAGCGUUGGCGAAAUCGAGAAGGCCAGCAUGAUAUUUUUACGCUUGUCAGCAGGGAUGAUAAGGGCAUAAUGACAGGCAAAGAUGACCCUCCACUCGUUUGGGCAUAUUAUACAAUUUCACUCGUUUUCUUAUGAACUUGUUGAGAAUUAUUUUGAUAACUUCCUCUACGAAAUCAUUAAUCAUACAAGAAUUGUAAUCAAAAAAAUAUGCUCUAUUUUUUUUAUAAUGGUAGUUUUUUACAAUCAACGGAGGGACUGUAGAAGAAAGUAAUGGAACAAAGAUGUUGAUAGUUCAGUAAACAAUUUGGUUUGUAUAUCUCGACUGCAACUGGGAAAUACGAAAUCAAAUCUGAACGAAAAAGUUAUAUUUCACACCACAUAAUAACAUAUAAGUAUUAAGUACCAAAGUGGAAGCGAUAUACGUACACAAAUUUUGACAACCAUUUGUAAUUCUAUCUUGCGUGGUUUUUAGAACACGCAACCUAAUACAGGCAGACUUCGUUAUAACGUUAUAAAGUUUCAUUCACAAUCAUUUAAAUACCCUGUCAAGCUUACAGAUUCACAAUGGCCAUCUAGUGCCUCGAUAAAGGUUCCUGAGUUCCAAUGAGGGCACUUCACAGCACAGUUGCUGAGUUGCAAAAACGUGACCAUUGAUUAUUGUCAAUUGCAAGGAAAAUUGUCCAAUCAAUAAGUGCGCAAUCGCUCAUAAAAGUGCUAUUUUAGCUUAAAUCGUUUCGAUCUCUGGCGCACUUAUUGCUUGGAAGAUAACGAAAAAGUGCGCCGUAGAUACGGAAACGAUUUAAUGCAAAAUUGCACUUUUAUGAACGAUAUCGCACUUUGGAUGGUACAAUUUUCCUUGCAAUUGACAAUAUUACGUCAAAAUCCGUUAUUUUUCAAGGGUAAUGUCCCUAGAUAAGUUUAUUAUUAAAAUACAGCGCAUCUUAUUACACCAUUAGUGUGACCGUGAAUCUACCUAUGUUUCAUCGAAAAAGUUUUAGAACACACCAAUAUUAGUAACUUUGCUGAAUAAAGUAACCAUCUAUCUUUUACUGUUUGCGAAAUAUAAUGAUUUCUUUGAAAAGUACUUACUCUGUACUAAAAGUACUUACUUUGAAAAGUACUUAAGUCUUACAUGACUGUGUACAGGAAAAAAUACGAAAAAGAUUGCUACACCCUUCUUGUUGGAUUAUAUUAUCUUUGUUUAUUAAAUGUAGUCAAUCAGUAACAAAACAAAAUAAUAUGACCUAUAUUUUUGAGUUCUUUUUGUAUGCUUCGAUAUAACAUACAAUUCGAUAUAACGUACAACUUGAAAAUCAAAAUGUACGUUAUAUCGAAUUUACCCUGUAUUCCUGAAUUAAGAUAUAACUUUAUAUUGCACUGCUUUAUAAUUCACAGUCAUGAGUUGUAUGUGAGGACACGCACGACUGCAAAACAACUUAUUGUUCACUUUGUUUUGACAAAUUCUAAUUAGGCCAUUACAAAUAUUAUUUUAUAAAGUUUUUGUCCUUCCGGUGUUGGGCUACUGAAGGGGAAAAAAACAGAUUUUUUUAAUCGAGCAAAAAAAAAAUUGAUUUUAGGCAUUUUUAUUUAAAGUUUAAACGUGCAAACCAAAUCUAUUCUUGCUUUUAAAAUAUACGUUAUCAUUUUUCAUGCAAAAAUCUACGAAAAAAGACAUAAACGAAAGAAAAAUUUUUCGACCGAUUUUCGGAAAUUUCGUUGUUCGAAUUUCCAUUUUUGUUUCGUGCUAGAAGCAUCAACUCAACUCGUACACUCAUUUUUCGAGUUUGUCAGGCUGUAGAACCCACAGACAAUUGAUUUUAUGAAAAAAAUUAACUCAUAGCCUACAAAUUAUUUUUUUGUCCUCCGAUUUUUCAAGCCAAUUUUCAAGGGUGACAAAAACUUUUGAAAUUAUUUGCAAUGGCCUUAUACAACUCCAAUGUAAAAUUGACAUGCAUACGAUUUAAUGUGAACUUCAUAAUACGAUCUUGUGUUAUCUGGCAGGAUCCAACAGAAUAGAACCUGGUGUGAAGGAGAAAGAACGGAACAUAUGUAAGGGACGGUUAUUAAGGCAACGCUUAAGAAGUUGUGUAUCGUUCCUUUUUAGUCAAAUGUACAUAAUUGGAUUCGAACCCACAUCUCCUACUAUAGGCUCUGUGUAUCGCGGGUAAGGGAGGUGAACCCCUUAUUAAGCGUGCAGCGUAUUUCAACCUCCACCAACACUGACGGGUUGAGUUAUUUUUCUCCAUCUAUUAUACUCAGACCGCCAACUGAGAAGCGUAAUCUAACUCGUUUUACUGAAGUUUUACUGCUAUAUAUACCGUUUAUUGCAUUCUAUGAUCCUUAUAAUUACUAUUACUAGGAGUAGGUUGUAUAUUGUGGUCCCGGUUAAUACUAGCUAUUCCAAGUCUAAGUAAUUAAAAAAGAUAAAUAUAUAAACGAAAAAAAGAUUGGCGGAUGAUACACAUUUUAUGUACGUGAAAGUUUCAAUGGAAAGAAGGGAAAGAAAUUGCAAAUUUUUAAGAAAUAAUACUAGUUCCUUUCAGAAAAUUUAAACUGGUUUCAUAUUAGUUUACUAUUAUUUUAUCUAACUAAAUCCCUUAUUUGGCCGCAUUUUGUAAGGAACUACCCCCAUUUUGUCAAUCCCGCUAUGCUGGUUCCCUUGUGUUAUUGAGCAUAGUUUCAUGAAGAACCAUCGUUCUGGAGAUUUGGCGAUGCUUACAAAACUAUAGUUACUAUAUAUAUAGUUCGGCGGAUAGAAAACCAGGCGAAUUGGCAACUCUGAUUUUUUAAAUUAAAUUUGAAAUUAUGGAGAAAUGUGCAGUUUUUUACGGAAAAUAAUCGCUAGUGGGUGUUGAAAAUGACUAGUUCUAUGAAAAUAAAGUGUGUUUAUUAACAUUAGUCCCACAAGUCGAAUUUUGAAAAACGUUUGGCUCCGCUUUUGACGUUUAUUUGGCUCCCGAUUUUUGUAUGUAUCCACCGAACUAUAUAUAUAGUAACUAUAUACAAAACACCUUGUUUUUUUUGCAUUAGUUAUGGUUUCUAUUUGCUAGAUCUUACGAGAUGUUUUGCCCCGCCAUACGACCCUAAUCACAAAACCUAGAUUAGGUACAUGAGUUUUUUCGAAUAAUGUCCCCCUUGAAAGGGGGACUGGUCAUGUAAGUAACAAUGCUACCUAUAACAGUUCUCCAAAAACUGAUUGAAUAAACGUGUUGUGUCACAAUAAUUGUAAGUGAAUUGGUAAAAGUCUUACUUGUAACAGAUUUCCAAUCAAUAAAUAAUUCCAGAAGAGUAGAGAGAUACUUUCGCAUCAAUUCUAAAGUCUGACCUAUAAUGAUGCAAUCAUUUUCAAGAAGAGCGCUUUAAUUUUUUUUAAAUAACUCACUUAAAGUGAGCCAUUUUACAAGUCCCGUGCAUGACUAAACUAGGAACUUGAAUUCAAUUGCUACAUCCACUGGUACCACUAACUGAAUUUAAGCUGAACGUGCUUGGCCUGCGAUUGUGUUCCUUACUAAUUAGUUCUUCCGAUGAUGUGGCAUCUUGCUUUCCGAUGACGCGGCAUCAUGGCAACUAUAGCACAAUGGGCAAAACGAAGUAAAGAACAGAUGCAAUUCAGAAACGACCGACCAGCUGUUGAAAUAUAAUCUUGCUUCGAUUAGCCCAAUAAGUUUAAGUAUUUAAAAGAAAGUAGGCGAAUAUGAGUAAAAUGGGACACUUUCCGACUACAAACAGGAAAGAGGUGGGCACCAUGGAAUUUUCUGGAAAUUUGAGAUCACUUAUGUGCAUUGCAUCCGUUUUUUCCCACUGUGAAAGUGUUAACCUUUAAAUGCGCACGCUGAAAAAAUGCAUUUAAAUUAAAAAAAAAUCUUAUCUAAAGGCGGUAAAAAUAAUUUACUUUGGGGAUGUUUUUCACUGUUGUUUUAAAGCAACAUUGCGCAUUUAAGGGUUAAAUUUUAGUUUUAGUUAAUUUUUUAUAUUGUAUAGAUGAAUGAUGUUAUUGCAGAUUGCAAGAUAAAUCCUCACAUUGCUGUUAUCUUGACAGCUGAAUCAAAACACCAUAAGAUAAUCGCAUGAUUUUUGUUAUAGUAAUUUAGUAUUUGAAAAUUUACCAAAUCAAUUAUUUUCCACCACAUACACAUUACAAAACUGAUAUUUUAUCGAACCACAAACCAGAAAACCUAAAUUUUAAUUUUGCGGUUGUCUCGCGCUUAUCUCCUGAGCGCGUUAUCACCGCCGCAGCAGGAGGAUUUAUUAUAAGUACCGCAAUAUAACUGAAUUACCUAUGAAUAACCGGAACCCAAAUGAACGAAAUCCGGAGUGAUUCGCGAUUACGGCGCAACUAGCAGAAUGUAAACAAAUCGUUUUCUUGCACCAUCCGCCUUGGAAAGACUGAUAAUAUCCACGGCAAGAAUCCUUUCUUCUGUUUUAAUCGAUAGAAUUAUUUAAAACAAGUUUUUAGUGAUGGGCGAUAGAAGUGUUUAAUCAAAACAAAAGACAAUUUGCAGUUUAGCCCCUCUCAUUGUUAUGAAAUAAAAGGCUUAUUUGCAAAUCGUUUUGUAAACAGGCGAUAGUAAAGAGCGAAAUUGCGUUGUUUUCAAAACACAGGCGAAACCAAAUAAAAAAAUCAAAGCAAGGCGAAACAGGGCUGGGCGAAUGUCAUUGUCAAAUUGCUAUGAGGCUUAUUUCAAGGAGUUCAACUAGAAGACUUAGAUUUCGAGCUUGAAUGCACAGAUUUAAUGCAGCAUUGCUGUGAAAUUAUAAGAUUGCUUUAUUCUACACCAAUUUAUGUCUUUAGACUCGAAUAUAGCCGAAUGUUAUAGAAAAUAUUCGCGGCUUUCGACCUGCUCAAAUGUAUAGGGUAUAUAUAUAAAGCAUUCUGACAGCGCAAGCACCCAUACUAGCGAACACGAAAUAUGCGUGUAUACAUGUUGUUUGCCUCAUUUUCGAGAAUAGGUGAUGGUCGAAUGGAUGGAGCGAAAAAAUUGUUUUUAAGGGUGUCCAUAAAAGUUUGGCUCUAUAACUUCUUUCAUGAGAUCGAAAUCUUCAGCAUUCAACAAAGUUUCACGGAAAUAGUUUUGCUACAACUUUUCUGAAGGUAGCAGUCAUUUCUGACUUAAAAUAGAGAAAAUAUGUUUUGUAUCUUAUAAGGGACACCCUAAUGUUCGAAUAUUGUUUCGCCACCAGAAAGUGCUUUUUGAAUGAAGAAACUUUUCUGAAGCAACUAUUAUGCAAUGUCUUAAGGCAGUGGUGCCCAGGCAUAGGUAUGGUGCGGGUCAAAUCAGAUCGCCACAUGAAUACCACGGGUCAAAAUGACCUCAGGCCAUUCCAGGGCAUAACAAAAGUGCGGUAGCAAAAACCAUUUUCUAGAAAUCACCACAAGAUUGAAACAGGAAGGUAUUCAUAUCCACAGCAUACACGAGGCAUUACGAUUAAACUGAAUGGCUUCUGUGCCAUCAAAAAGCUUACCCAUAAUUCCACCAUCCCUCAAAUCAGUCCGCGGGCCGCACGAAUCAUAUCGAAGGGCCACGUGCGGCCCGUGGGCCGCAGUUUGGCCAUCACUGUCUUAAGGUAUCGAUGCUAUUACUUAUGUGUCACUAUUUUUGAAACCGUCCCACUGUGGAUCCGAGUCCGAUCGGUGUGUAGAAUAGAGGCGAUUAGGGGGAAGUCGUGUAUGGCCGGACAGGCUUCUAUGCCCGGACACUGGCGAUUUCUCAAAAACAAAAAAAUGAUAAAAAUAUUUAGAAAGAAUGAAAUUAUAGUAUUUUAAAGGUACUAUUGUUCUAUUUCCUCCAAAUAAUUCUAGCAUUUCUUGUUUUUGAGAAAUCACUAGUGUCCGAGCAUAGAGGCCUGUCCGGCCAUACACGACUUCCCCUAUUCUAGAAAAUAGUAGCUAGGGGUUCGGUCUUUCAUGUUUUGACCAAAUACAAUUUCGGCCUUCUAUAACACUAAUAAUGUGAUGUAUAUACUGGACACUAUCACUUGUUGUUCUUACAAAAUAAAAUAAGCAUUUACCUUAUUCGCCAACCGGUUUCGGGUAAAUGUUACCCAUCAUCGGGGCUAGGUCCAACUGAUGUUGAUAAGAGAGCAGUUACAACUUCAGCUUUGUUAGAUGAAAGAGCGGCGAUACUAUCGGAGCAUCGUCUUCAUUCAUCAAACAUUGCUCCGCUGUGGUGAUAUGCAGCGACUCCCAAGCGUUCAAAUGCGAUGACUUCCUCACUGGUUUUAUUAGUUUAGCACUGUUCCAGUUUAUUUUAUGCUGAUGAUUGGCAGCAUGCAUCGCGACACUAGAUUCGUUCACUCGUUCGUUCUCAGUUGCAUUCUUAUGCUCUUUCACACGUUGUUUAAAUUUGCGGCGAGUUUGUCCGAUGUAAAUUGCCGGGCAAUCAUUACAAUCGAUUUGAUAGAUUCCCGACUUAUCUUCGGCUGGAAUCCUGUCUUUUACAUUGCAGAGCAUAUCACGCAGCGUGUUGUUGCUUUUAAAGACAACGUGGUAUCCGUGUUUCCUAAGGCAUUUCUUUAUCGGGUUUGUGGCUUUAGGAUAGAAUGGCAUACUGAUCCUUUCAAUGUCGUCUUUCUGGGGUUGUAGAGUGGUAACAUUCUCUCUAUGUUUUUACGCUUAUGGUUACUAACUAUUUUGUCAACGAACUUUUUGUCAUAUCCAUUGAUUCGGGCAGAUUCAUAGAUUUUUUCCCUCUCCUCUAAGAAUUCUUUUUCCAUAGGUAUAGAGAUAAGACGAUGUACCAUUGAAUGGAACGCUGCUGCGACGAAUUACCACUUACUGGGUUUCGAGGCACGAUGCUGGCUUAACAAGCCAGUCGUCGUAUGUUCAAAUCUCGGCUUAGCGGUGCUGCUAGAUAGUGUCAAUUGGAUUGUUGCAGGAUUGUGUUUUAGAAAGACGUCUAUGCCCAAGACUGCUUUUUACUACGGAAUUGCUCAUGAACUGAUUUUGUUACGGCAUUUUUGAAUGAACCAUAAGUAGAAAUAUUAUGUUGCUGUACAUAUAGGUACAGUUUUUUGUAUUUUAGGCCUUAAAUCAAAUUUGAAUAUAGGUCCCACUUACGCCGGUUAAUAAGGCAAGUGAGACCUGUCGUCAUUAUUUUGAAAAUUCUCCUUUUGUUAAUUAAACUUUCGAAGUAAUAGCACUGGACAGUUUCUGUGUUGCAAGAAUUGGAAAUUAAUCAUAGGUUGUAGAUUACACAGCCGAAUAAACCCUAAAUAUGCAAUUUUUCGGUCCUACUUGCCCCGGGGUACCUUAAGUAUGUGACCAUUAUAAUUAUUAAACUUUAGAUUUAUAAACGAAUAAAUAACGAAUGACUCUGGCCUUUAUUAUUUAUAUUCUUUUUUGAGUCGAUUUUUCGAUUGAAAGAGGAGGGUAUUCUUCAUUACGCCAGCAAAACUAAAUGAACGAAAUUAAAAUUCACGCGCAAUAAAGAAUAAGGUUGUCUAUAAUCUACUGCUCUUCUGAUAUUAACUAUUUUACGUUGCUAUUACUUAUAUUCAAGUUUUGAUCUGCUUUUAGCCCUAAAAGAAGCGAUAUCUGAUGGUGGUAUUUGCAGCGUAAACAUGGUAAGAUUUUAUAAGAUGGUAAGAUUGUAUGUAUAUUAUGAUGGGUAGAAACAUUGUAAGCGUUGAUUUAGUUCGACGCCAUUUCAAAAAACACAUGUUAGUAUAAUUGUAAGAAUGUUAUAAUUACCGACUACCGAAAUAUAGCUAUAAGUAUAGUUAAAAAUAUAACCGACUACCAUUACGAGUACAAAAUUCUCCAACUGUUGUGUCCCAAUCUUGGUUGAUACUACUCUCAUAUGAGUGAUUAAUGAAUGCUUAUAGAAUGCGCCGCGCGGUCCAUACGGCGAACGAACAAUGUCGUGUACAUUUACUGAUAGGUGAUUCAUCUUUUUUAUUGCGAAUUGGCAAACUUAUUCUAAAUUGGCACAGAUA